AUGAAGUACAACCGAAUGCCCAUUGAGAUUGAAUCACCUGAAGAAUAUGGCUACGAAAACAUCAAAUACAACUUGUCAGAAAGUUCAAUCACCGACCAGUCUCUCGGAUCUUUGGGCUUGCAGGUGCCCGAUUUGAAGUUGCUUUACAACGAGCACCAAGGCAGCACUGCACUCCGCAAGCUAGUUAUUCAGGGAUCUGAGGGACUCAGCCAGAAAGACGUCCUAAUCACAACUGGCGCAGCGGGUGCUUUAUUCAUCAUUGCCAGUUCUCAACUCAAUGUGAAUGAUCAUCUCGUCGUCGUGCGGCCAAACUAUGCGACCAAUCUCGAGACCCCACGGGCUCUGGGAUGCGAGAUUUCCUUCAUCGACCUCAAAUUUGAGUCGGGCUUUCAGCUCGAUCUGAAUGACAUCAAGGCUGCUAUCAAGCCCAACACCAAAAUUGUCAGCAUCACCACACCUCACAAUCCCACCGGUACAGGAAUGUCACUGGAGACACUGAAAGCCUUGGUAACACUCACCAAGGAGAAGGGCCUCAUAUUGCUAGUGGACGAGACUUACGCUGAUAUCUCGUACGAUGGACGAUUGCCCAUCGCUGCCUCUCUGGGAGAUCAUGUUAUCAGCGUGUCGUCGUUGUCCAAGUCUUACGGCAUCCCUGGCAUCCGACUCGGAUGGCUGAUCAACAAGAACCCAGCUCUCCAAGAGACAUUCCUAGCUGCGAAGGAACAAAUCAGCAUUAGCGGGAGUGUGGUUGAUGAGUGGAUUGCCGAGCAAGUCUUGACGCGCAAAGAUGAGAUUCUUUCCGCUACUAUGCGUGAGAUGAAACAUCGCCGCGAAAUUGUGGCUGCAUGGAUUGAGAAAGACGAUCUGCUGGACUGGGUUCGACCGGAUGGUGGUAUAGUCUGCUUCCCACGCAUCAAACCUGGCUUUGAGCCCGCUGGCGGAUUGGCUGCGUUCUAUCACCGUCUUCUUCACAAGUACGGCACAUAUGUUGGACCUGGACACUGGUUUGAGCUCCCAGAUACCUACUUCCGUCUUGGAUAUGGUUGGCCCACUGUCGAAGAGCUCGAAGGUGGCUUGAAUGCAAUUUCUCAAGCUCUGCGAGACACUUCAACCUAG